UAAUAAACCCCCAAUAUAGUUGGUUGUAAACAACAGAACGUUUGUAAAGAUUAUCUGAACUGCAGUACUCUUAUUUUGAAGUCGGUUCGAGUUCCGGGACACAGCGCGCGAGGUUUGUUUUUAUGGCAGGGACAACCUAGCUAGUGGGUUGACACGCAGUUCCCCCAUUUUUAAUCUAUUCCUGUGGUUUUUGACUUUGUCGUUCACAUUUUAUCAACAGUUUCAGUGUGAUAUGAUAGUUAACGCUCUCGCACACGGCCAUGGCGUGCCACAUAUUACAUUUUAAUCAUUACAGAAGUCAGCUGGAAUGGAUUUAACCUCCAACAAGAUGUACGACACAUUUAAAGAUGAAAUAUGGAAAGAUCUCGGUCCACUGGACCCACAUUGGUUUGAGGCACUGACAGCACAAACCUUAAGUAAUGAUGGAAACGUGUCUGAUCAAGAUGACCUGUGUGCAAACCAAGAGGGGAAUUUUAAAACGCCUUCUGACAAAACAACAUUAGACAGUCAGCUGUUUUCAACCCCCAAAGCUUUCAGACACAGUCGAGUUGUGUCACCGGAAACACCAGAGGAAGAGCACUCGUUCACUGCUGAACAAGAAAAAGAACCAUUGCCUUGGACGACAGCACAAACUCCAUAUUUGUUUCGGGUUUCAAAAGAGGGGGACCAAGGUGCCAAAUAUGGUGGUAUCCAACCUCAGAGUCAGGACAGUUUUGAUCUGCUUCAUACCCCACAAAAAUCCCCAGUAAGCUAUGCCAAGCAUAUAUCAGAAAGUCUUGGUGCACAGAUUCAUCCUGAUAUAUCAUGGACAAGUUCUCUGAAUACUCCACCAGCAAUACCAUCCACCCUGAUUUUAACUAAACCUGAUGAAAGUCCCUGCCCAGCAAGUUUGCCUGCAGACAAAAAUGUUGUUUUUGUACGGAAGCUUUUUCCUUCUCUUUCAAAUGCAUUCAGAGUUGGAGCAGUGUCACCCAAAAACAAUGAAAUGCCUACCAGUCAGCAAGGUGUUGUUUCCCCUGUACCUGGUCAGUAUCGAGAGCCCUUUAACUCCCCCCAGAGCUCACCAAAUCAGAGUGACUGUGUUUGGAGACAGAAGCUACCAGAUGCUAUUGAAGAUGGAGAAAUUCGUAGCACUGUAGCAAGUGUUCUUGAGGGAGCUGAAGAUGUUCUCUCCAUAUUUUUCAACGGCAGUAGUUCAGCACUGAGAAAAGUGAAAACUGACAGAAUCAAAAGAAAGCAAAUUACUCCAACAAAAGAGCGCAGCUGUGAACCAGGCAGACUUCCCUCAACCCCAUCUAUAAAAACUGGAGAAGUUGGGAACACCCAGUGGUCUCCACUAAGUUUAUCUGAAAUUCCACCUUGUACUGUGGAUACAUCUUGCCGUAAUGGUCCUGCUACACAAGUGGAGAACAAUAUUUUAACAGAACGACCACAGCAUGGCUCUGAUUCUGGCCAGCAAUUCAGGUCACGUUUAAAAAUCACAGACUUGGGAUUUUCUAAGAAAAAUAGAAAAUUUGUUUAUACUGUUGACACAUUAAAACUGCAAACUCAAGGAGAAGACACACAGUCUCAGAAGGUGGACUCAUUGUCAGGGAUUCCAAAUGCUGAUCAAGAAGGGAAUGUGAAGCAGUUGGUGAAAGCCCUAGAUGACACAAACUGUUGCAUCAGGAAGAUUGAGAUGGAAAAAGAGGGAAAUCCCACUGAAGAAAAUCUGCUUCCCUCUGUACAGGCAAAAGUCCAGGAUCUUGACAUAUCACAGCUUUCCAAAGAUUUUGCACAAGACUUCAGUCAAAUGCCAGACCCUGGUAAACUGUGUAAAGUAGCAGGGGAUAAUCCUCAAAAUGGCUUCUCUCCAUCAGCUUGUCUGUCAGCCAUGAAAGAAGCUCAUCAGAAAGUAAGUCGAGCAAACCUUCACCGUGACAUAACAGUCAUCAGUAACCGAAGAUUUCUCUCUACUGCUAAACAAAAUGACCUCAUCAACGAGGGCACUAUAAGUGACAGUGGAUUCCAGUCUGCUGCUGAAGAUACCACUCAUGUGACUGCAUCAUCAUUUGUUCUUCCCAGCUCAGAGAACAAUGAUCAACAGCAAAGUCAAGAGUGCACAGGUUUUCAAACACAUAUCCAUAGGACUCCUCAUAUUUCAUCUACACAUAAAGGAAAUGGAAAGGCACAUUCGAGUGGAAUUUUACAAGAAGCUGAAACUGAUGUGAAGCUGGCUAAUGCAGUCAAAGAAACCCAGACACUGUGCCCUAGCAGAGAGUAUGAGUUGCCUAUGAAGAGCACGUCAAUGCAACAAUGCAGCAGUGCAAAAGGAGCUGUUGAUAACAUUAACUGCACUCCACAUUCAGUUCAUGGCAGUCUGCCAGAGCAAACAACAGUUUCUCUGCCUUCUGUCCAUGCAUCAGGAUUCAAAACUGCUUCAAAUAAGAGUAUGGAAAUUUCCUUAGCCAACCUGGAGAGAGCAGGUACUGAAGGGGAAAAACCUUGUGCCCGUGUCACUAGAGAUGAACUUAGUACAAGUCAUGGAUCAGUUGAAAACACAGCCUUUUACUCAAACCAGCAAAUCUCUUCAAGUAUAAAAUUUCUGGAAAACAGUUGCCAGUUAACAGCUUCACAGAAAGCUGAUGUGACUGAGCUGUGCACCAUCUUGGAAGAAGCAGAUAGCCAGUUUGAAUUUACACAGUUCAGAACUCCAAAGCUACAACAACACAGUGAAGAUAAUGCCACCUCUCCCAGAAAAGAUGACAAAGAACUUGACCCUGAUUUUCUUACAGGUAUAAAUUUUGAUGAUAGUUUCAAUGCUGAAAAUCACCUGACAGUGAGCAAGGCUAGAGCUUUGUUUGCUGAUAUUGAGGAGAACCUUGUGCAAAUUGAAAAAUCCCCAGACAAACAAAGUGAUAAAAUUGGUGCAGAGUGCAGUGUCGAUAGUCAAAAUGACAACUUUGUGUGUAAGGAGGAGGAUAGAGGAAGACUAACCUGCUCAGACAGACAGGUCUCAGGCCUUACAGAUGAAGAUGUUAUGAAACUUCCUGAAAACGGCAAAAUAAACACAACCAAGUGUCAAAGUGGUUUUCAGAUGGCCAGUGGAAAGGGGAUUUCUCUUUCAGCCAAAGCCAUGCAAGAGGCAGAAGCUUUUUUCAAAGGCUGUGACAUUCUGGACACUAACAGUGGCAUGUCCACAAAAUAUGAAAAGAGUAUAAAACCCUUGUCUGGAAGUAUCACUCAUAAAAAAAACCUUCAUAAAUGUAAAAAUGCUCAAGCAAUGAAAGCAAGUUUUUGUGAAGAACCAAUCAAUGAGUGUGAAAAUGUGACUUUGAGACCAGCCACACACCAUGCAGAAGAUGCACAAAAUAAUCUGGAGAGUUCCAGUGUUGGUUUUAAGAAUAUACCUUCUUUGACGAACACAGCUUCUUUCCAUGGAAACCCAUCUUCGACUGCACAGCCACUUUCAUCUCUCUCAUGCACAAAAUCAGAGAAUAUCGGUUCCGCUUCAAUCAAUAAAUUGAGCAGUGCUGGUGGAUUCCGUACAGCCAGCGGAGAGAAAGUGUUUCUGUCAGCUGAUUCAGUGAGGAAAGCAGAAUGUCUUUUGAAUGACAUUCAUACCCUGAAGGAUGCAAGCAAACAACUGAAGCAAAAGGGAGAUACUGUAAGAGCAGGCCAUCUUGCCAGUCUAGUUCCGAUGUCAACCCCCAAAAGUGGUGGAUUUCAGACAGCCAGUGGCAAAGGAGUUAAUGUUUCAUCUGCAGCUCUCAAGAAAGCAAAAUCAUUGCUGAGUGAAUAUGAUGAACGUGAGAAUAAUCUCAGUGUAAAACCAACACAUUCCAAGAUGCCAGUUCCUGGUCCACCACCCAGCAAUGGUGGAUUCCUUGCAGCUAGUGGUAAGCCAGUGACAUUUUCAUCUGAUGCCCUCCAGAAGGCCAAAGCUCUCUUCAGUGACAUCAGUUUCAGUGCAGAGAUCCCAGGCGUUUCAGACACAAGGAACAAUGACAAGAAACAAGACAGUGGUGAACAUAUGGAGAAAACACAUUGUGGUUUUACAACUGCAGGGGGAGCGAAAGUCCAUGUUUCACAGAAAAAUCUGUUGAAAGCAAAAAAGCUUUUAGAAGAACUGGAUGAUGGUUCUAUUUCAGUAAAAGCGAUGCAAGAAUCAGAUGCUUUCUUCAAAGACAGUGACUUUAUGGAUGGUAAAGAUAGCAUGUUGCUAAAACAUAGAAAACCCAUAGCACCCUUGGGUGGAAGUGGAAGCGAUAAAAUAAACCUGACAGAAUUUAAACGAGAUCAGAAGAUGACAAACAUUCCCGAAGACCCUGGAAGUGGACACACGGAGUUAAAAAAUGUGACUGUGGGACAAACUGUAAAGUCCGAAAAGAUGCUUCAUCCUGAUGAUGUGGAGAUUUUCAGCAAGGUGUUCAAGAACACGCUGGAUUCUACCAAGACAGCUUCUUUAAACGGAAGCACAUCUUUAAUGGCAACGUCCUCCUCAUUGGGCACAGCGUUAAAGAACGUUGGUUGCUCUUCCGUCAGUGAGUUGAGCAACAGCGAUGGAUUCUGUACAGCCAGUGGAAAAAAAGUAACCGUGUCAGAUGAAGCGAUGACAAAAGCAAAAUCUCUGUUGAAUGAAAAUGAUGCAUUUGAGGACGCAAACAAACAGCAACAGAAUGGUGGAUUUCAGACAGCCAGUGGCAAAGGAUUCGCUGUUUCAUCUGCAGCCCUAAAGAAAGCAAAAGCUCUGUUGAGUGAAUGUGAAGGAGUUGAGGAGAAAAUAUGUGCAAAACCAACACAUUCCAAGAUGCCAGUUCCUGGUCCACCACCCAGCAAUGGUGGAUUCCUUGCAGCUAGUGGUAAGCCAGUGGCAUUUUCAUCUGAUGCCCUCCAGAAGGCCAAAACUCUCUUCAGUGACAUCGGUUUCAGUGCAGAGAUCCCAGGCGUUUCAGACACAAGGAAGAAUGACAAGAAACAUGACGGUGAGAGUAUGGAGAAAACACAUUGUGGUUUCAAAACUGCAGGGGGGAUAAAAGUCCAUGUUUCACAGAAAAACCUGUUGAAAGCAAAAAAGCUUUUAGAUGAAUUCGAUGAUGGUUCUAUUUCAGUAAAAGCGAUGCAGGAAUCGGAUGCUUUCUUCAAAGACUGUAACUUUAUGGAUGGUAAAGAUAGCAUGUUGCUAAAACAUAGAAAACCCAUGGCACCCUUGGGUGGAAGUGGAAGCGAUAAAAUAAACCUGACAGAAUUUAAACGAGAUCAGAAGAUGACAAACAUUCCCGAAGACCCUGGAAGUGGACACACGGAGUUAAAAAAUGUGACUGUGGGACAAACUGUAAACUCUGAAAAGAUGCUUCAUCCUGAUGAUGUGGAGAUUUUCAGCAAGGUGUUCAAGAACACGCUGGAUUCUACCAAGACAGCUUCUUUAAACGGAAGCACAUCUUUAAUGACAACGUCCUCCUCAUUGGGCACAGCGUUAAAGAACGUUGGUUGCUCUUCCGUCAGUGAGUUGAGCAACGGCGAUGGAUUCUGUACAGCCAGUGGGAAAAAAGUAACCGUGUCAGAUGAAGCGAUGACAAAAGCAAAAUCUCUGUUGAAUGAAAAUGAUGCAUUUGAGGACGCAAACAAACAGCAACAGAAUGGUGGAUUUCAGACAGCCAGUGGCAAAGGAGUCGCUGUUUCAUCUGCAGCCCUAAAGAAAGCAAAAGCUUUGUUGAGUGAAUGUGAAGGAGUUGAGGAGAAAAUAUGUGCAAAACCAACACAUUCCAAGAUGCCAGUUCCUGGUCCACCACCCAGCAAUGGUGGAUUCCUUGCAGCUAGUGGUAAGCCAGUGGCAUUUUCAUCUGAUGCCCUCCAGAAGGCCAAAGCUCUCUUCAGUGACAUCGGUUUCAGUGCAGAGAUCCCAGGUGUUUCAGACACAAGGAACAAUGACAAGAAACAUGACGGUGAGAGUAUGGAGAAAACACAUUGUGGUUUCAAAACUGCAGGGGGAGCGAAAGUCCAUGUUUCACAGAAAAAUCUGUUGAAAGCAAAAAAGCUUUUGAAAGAUUUUGCUGAUGGUGAGUGUUUUGAUUCAGAGUCAUACUCAACAAGCCCACCUACCAAUGCUCAUAAAUCAGAUCUGUCAGAAGUGAAAGAUGCGAAGAGAACUUCAAAUUCAAAUCUCUCCCCAGCUGGUGACAAAGACCUGCAUCCUGAGAAAAGUGAUCCUCGGCUUGUUAAAUCUGUAACCUCUUUACAAGCGACUCACCACGAAAAUGAAACUAUGCAACAUUCAAGAACAUGUGGUAGCAUUUCGAUUAAUGAUGAGGCAGAAAAAAAUAUUACCCGAUCAAGGGUGGGGAACCUCUAUGACAGUCCUCGAGAGGAAAUGUCAAGUGUCAGCAGCAGCGAGGGCCUGAAGGUUAAAGGGACAGAAGAGUCUUCAAUUCUGUCCUUUCAGUCACUUAACCUGACUGGCUGCACUGAAACCCAGCAGAUGUUUUUUGCCCAGGAAGCUCUAGAGUGCACUAAAGCUUUGUUGGAGGAUGAGCAUCUAGCUGGCCAAAGUCUCUCAGUGACUUCAGAAAAUAUGCCGCUCCAAGAAAAUUCAAAAUCCAGUGAAGGAUCAGCAGAGGAACAAAAAGGAAAAGGGAAAAGGCCAGUAGACGACCCAGAUAAGACUGCUCAGCCUCCCCUGAAAAGACGAUUACUGGAGGAAUUUGACAGGACUGUUGAUGGUCCAAGAGGUUCAACACUCCAUUCAAUAAAAAGCAGUCCAAAUGGUGCAAUGAAAGACAGGAGAGUUUUCAGGUACAGCGUCUCUCUUCAUCCAAACAUCACAAGGCCACACAGAAACGGAAAAAAUUAUGUGGAAACCAUAUCGCAAAAGACAACAUCACCACAACACUUGACUCCAGGAGAUAGUAGAUCAGCAUGUUCCAGGAUGCCCGUGUUUGUUCCUCUAUUCCUCAAGAAUUCAAAGACAGAAAGUCACAAGAAUACAGUGUUCAAGGACAACUUAAGAACACCUUCUGCGUUUGUUCCUCCAUUCAAGAAACAAAGGACUAUUGUCCAAGAGAGUUCCUCUAAGCCACAGGAGCAGGAUAAACGCUGCCAUCUCGUUGUAAUGCCCUUUAACAGCAGCAGUUAUGCCUCACCCACUGAAAAAACACAAAGCACUACAGGUGUAACUGGAAAUAAAAUCGAAGAUGACAUUCAGACAUUUGUCGUGGUUGAUACUGCAAAUGAUAAUCUGAUGAAUAAUCUAAACCAGGGUCUUACCUGUGAUUCAGAGGACUCUGCUGCAGAGGCAUCAGGUGUGGAGGACACUUUGCCCAGAAGCCAAGACAUGUUUCAGAAUCUUCAUAAUGUUGAGUUGGCGCGAGAUAUGCAAGACAUGAGGAUCAGGAAAAAAAAGCGCCAGACCAUUCGGCCUUUGCCGGGCAGUUUGUUUCUAACCAAAACCUCAGGAGUGUCGAGGAUACCUUUAAAUGCUGCAGUAGAUGGAAAGCCUCCUGCAAGAUACACCCAAAAACAGCUGUACAGCUAUGGAGUUCAUCCGCAUGUGUAUGAGAUCACCAGUGAGACGGCAGAAUCAUUUCGCUUCAGUUUGCAGCAGUUCAUCAAACAGGAGGCGUUCAUAGACAGAGGUGGUGUACAACUUGCCGAUGGAGGAUGGCUGAUCCCCAGUAAUGAUGGGACUGCAGGGAAGGAAGAGUUUUAUAGAUCAUUAUGUGACACCCCAGGUGUGGAUCCUAAACUGAUCAGCGAGGAAUGGGUGUACAAUCACUACCGAUGGAUUGUGUGGAAGCAGGCCUCCAUGGAAAGAUCUUUUCCAAAAACAAUGGGCAGCCUCUGUCUCACCCCAGAACGGGUUCUUCUACAACUUAAGUACAGAUAUGAUGUGGAGGUGGACCACAGCCGCAGGCCAGCUCUGAGAAAGAUCAUGGAAAAGGAUGACACAGCAGCCAAAACCCUGGUCCUCUGUGUUUGUGGGGUCGUUUCCAGGGGUCAGUCCCCGAAAAGACACAGUUUCAGCGAUACCAAGACUACAGCUGCUGAUGCCAAGGUCGACAACCCAUCUGCAGUGGUUUGGCUGACAGAUGGCUGGUAUGGCAUUAAAGCCCAGCUGGAUGAACCUUUGACUGCCAUGCUCCACAGAGGUCGACUGGCUGUUGGUGGGAAGAUAAUCAUCCAUGGGGCUCAGCUGGUGGGAUCACAAGAUGCCUGCUCCCCUCUGGAGGCGCCUGAAUCUCUCAUGUUGAAGAUUUGUGCCAAUAGCAGCAGACUGGCACGUUGGGAUUCUAAGCUGGGAUUUUACAGGGAUCCACGACCAUUCCUGCUUCCCGUGUCCUCUUUGUACAGCAAUGGAGGACCAGUGGGAUGUGUGGACAUUAUCAUACUGAGAAGCUACCCUAUACAGUGGAUGGAGAGGAAACCAGAUGGAGGCGUUGUUUUUCGUUCUGUUCGCGCAGAAGAGAAGGAGGCAAGACGAUAUGAGAGCCAAAAGCAAAAAGCUAUGGAGAUCCUAUUUGCCAAGAUUCAAGCUGAAUUUGAAAAGGAGGAGAAAGCUAAUAACAAGCCCCAACGUAGAAGACAGUCAGUCAGUUGUCAGGAUUUUGCAAGUCUCCAAGAUGGAGAGGAGCUCUUUGACGCUGCAGGGGAUGACCCAGCUUACUUUGAGAUUCAUCUGAGUGUGCAGCAGUUGGAGACUCUACGUGCCUACAGGCGUUCACUGAUGGAGAAGAAGCAGGCUGAACUGCAGGAUCGAUACCGACGGGCUUUAGAAAAUGCAGAGGACCGCGAAGGAAGCUGUCCCAAACGAGAUGUUACACCUGUGUGGAGACUCUGCAUUGCUGACUGCAUGGACCAACCUGGCAGUGUUUAUCAGUUGAACCUUUGGCGACCUCCCUCAGAUCUUCAGUCUUUGCUGAAGGAAGGCUGUCGAUACAAAGUGUAUAACCUCACCACUUCUGAGGGAAAGAAACCUGGCGGUAGCACAGCUGUUCAGCUGACUGGGACAAAGAAAACACAGUUUCAAGACCUACAGGCUUCUCAGGAAUGGCUAUCAACACAUUUUCAACCGAGGGUCUCAGCCCAUUUUAUGGAUCUUCAAAACCCAGAAUUUCAGCCGCUGUGUGGAGAAGUUGAUCUCACAGGAUAUGUCACCACCAUCAUAGAUGGACAGGGUUUCUCUCCUGCAUUUUAUCUGGCCGAUGGGAACCUAAACUUUGUUAAAGUGCGCUGCUUCAGCAGCUUGGCUCAGUCUGGGUUGGAAGAUGUAGUAAAACCACGUGUCCUGUUGGCUCUGAGCAACCUGCAGCUCAGAGGUCAGUCCACAUCUCCCGUUCCUGUUGUGUAUGCUGGUGAUCUGACCGUCUUCUCUACGAACCCCAAGGAAGUUCAUCUACAGGAAUCCCUCAGCCGACUCAGAAACAUAGUCCAGGGUCAGGAGAACAUGUUCCUAACUGCAGAGGAGAAGCUUUCACAGUUAAUCAAAUCUGAUGGCGUGAGCUCCAUCUCCUCUCCAGCUCUGCAAAUGCAAACCCCAACUUCGACAAGGGACACAAGACAAGACGCAAAGACAAGUGUGACUUCUCAGCCACCAGUCAAAAGCUUUGGAGCCUUCACACCUGUCAGCAGGGACCCUCCAGCAGCAAAAUGUUCAACGGAGAAAGACCCAAGCAGCCUGAAGAGGAGGAGAGCUCUGGACUAUCUUUCUCGUAUCCCGUCUCCACCACCCCUUUCCCUUCUAGGCUCAGCGGCUUCGCCGUGUGUGAAAAAGACGUUCAUCCCCCCUCGGAGGUCUGGGACACCUUGCACUUUAAAAACUGUACAGACUACAGCUCGCAAACCUGUCAAUUCACUUGUGGAGGAUGAAUGGGUGAAUGACGAGGAACUGGCCAUGAUUGAUACUCAGGCAUUGCUUGUUGGUGAUUUAGUGUAGGCACAUGAGACUGUAUGGUGUUGAGCACACUACAGCUUAAAAAAACUGUACAUAUGAGCGACUGUAAGAGGCAAAUGCUGUGCGUGGCUUAUGCAGUAUUCUGUGAUUGUUCUUUUAAGUCUAGUUGGACUCAUUAAAGGGGUAAAAUCACUUUACACUC